AUACUGUGACUCUUAUAACCAUCAAACUUAAUAAUGGAAGUUGUCCACGAAAAACAAAAUUCACACAAAGAAGACGUAAGGGAACAAAAAAGGAAGCUCUUAUUCAAUUUUGUGACAAUAUGCUUUAUAUGGCUGUUCAUUUUUACGGCAUAUUCUGGAUUGCAAAACUUAGAGGCGGCAGUAAAUGCUGAAACUGGACUUUAUUCGUUGGCAGCAGUGACUUCCGGCGGAGUUAUUUCCUGUCUCGUAGCUCCGACAGUUAUAAGUUAUAUUGGAUCUAAAGGAGCUCUUAUUGUUGCAUGUAUUUGUCAGUGUAUUUUUGUAGCCGCUAACUACUACCCAAAACCGUAUAUCUUGAUAACAGGCGGUGCCAUUGUCGGUCUGUCUUCGGGACUUUUAUGGACGGCGCAAUCAUGCUAUGUGACAAUGAUUGCCUUAGACUAUCACAAAAUAACCGGAGAAUCGUUAGAAGCAAUACUCAGUAGAUUUUUUGGAAUAUUUUUCAUGGCUUUUCAAAGCACACAAGUUUGGGGCAAUCUUAUUUCGUCAGCAGUGUUCCAGCUAGGCGGUGCAUCGACGGAACAGACUAACAACACUUUUUGUGGUGCUCAGUAUUGCCCCUCUGAGCAGACGAUCAGUAACGAAAAUGAGACUUCUGAAUCUGUCGUUAGACCGGACCAACAUUUAGAAGUUACUCUAAUAAGUAUAUAUUUAGGGAUCACAUUCAUUGGUUUACUCCUCACAGUGUUUGUUCUUAAACCAAUCAAAUCAUCCAUGAGUGACAAGUAUUCUACUUUAAAGGAACGAUUAGCUGCUAAUUUGAAACUACUUUUUACCGAUCUAAAUAUGGCCAUGAUAAUUCCGUUCGCACUUUAUACAGGCAUGGAGCAGGUUAUGAUGUUUGCUCAGUUUACAACAUCAUUCGUCGCCUGUAAGCUUGGUAUAGAAUGGAUUGGUUAUACUAUGAUCUGCUUUGGCGUUUGUGAUACAGUUGGAUCUCUUCUAGUUGGAAUAAUAGCCAAAUAUACCGGAAGACUAGUAUUGUUCUUUUUCAGCGGUUUCUUAAAUUUAGGUGUCCUGAUUUUUCUACGUGUAUGGUCGUUAAGCGGCGAGGUCCCAUUUGAACUUUUCUUUGUUAUACCAGCUGUAUGGGGACUAGCAGACGCAGUAUGGCAAGCUCAGAGCGAUGCAUUAUUAGGAUCCGUUUUUCACCAGAAUCCAGAAAUAGCAUUUUCUAAUUAUCUGAUGUUCCAAGCUAUGGGACUAGCAAUAGCGUAUAUAUACAACAUCUACCUCUGUGAAGAAAUGAAAUUAUACAUUCUUGGAGUAACUGUCAUCAUUUCCUUGAUAUUUCUAUGUAUUAUUGAAUUUAGAGUUCGAAGGAGGAAACGAGAGGAGAAAUAAUCAGAGUAUAAUAGUUUGUGAAUCUGUAGUGUAAUGGCAUCCAUGUUACUGUCGCGCUUUGUUGUUGUGACGAUAAAAAUGUUGUAAAUAAAUGAUAAAAAUCACACGAGACUUGGUCUAAAUAGUCAGAAGCUUCGUGUCAUUAAGAGGUAAAUCUGUUAAGGGAUUCUCAUUGGUAAAUAUUACCUUAUUGCGUGUGAAGUAAAGGCUUACCUAACAUCUGAUUGAAAAUCAUAUUUGGGUGCAUCUAUAUAUGUGAGCGUAUCCGUGAGUGAGGCUGGGAAAAUCAAU